AUGCCAUCUUAUCUCUCACUGUAGCCGUUUCAUUAAUCUGAAAUGCUAUAAAUACCAUCUAAUUCGGACGACAGACAACACUUGUCUUCAAGUAUUCAGCAACAUGCGUUUCCUUGCUCUGCUCGCCCUCUGCUUCGCGGCUGUCGCAGCUGUCCCCAGCAAUCCCCAGAGGAUUGUGGGUGGUUCGGUAACUACUAUUGACCGUUACCCCACCAUCGCCGCCCUGCUGUACUCAUGGAACUUGAGCACCUACUGGCAGGCUUGCGGAGGUACCAUCCUGAACAACAGGGCUAUCCUCACCGCUGCUCACUGCACUGCUGGAGACGCUAACAACAGAUGGCGUAUCCGUGUCGGCUCCACCUGGGCCAACAGCGGUGGUGUCGUACACAACCUGAACGCCAACAUCAUCCACCCCUCAUACAACUCAAGGACCAUGGAUAAUGACAUCGCCGUCCUUCGCUCUGCCACCACCUUCUCCUUCAACAACAAUGUUCGCGCUGCUUCCAUCGCUGGUGCCAACUACAACCUCGCUGACAACCAGGCUGUCUGGGCUGCUGGAUGGGGCACAACCUCCUCCGGUGGUUCUUCCUCUGAGCAGCUCCGUCACGUCGAGCUGAGAAGUAUCAACCAGAACACUUGCAGAAACAACUACGCUACCCGUGGUAUUACCAUUACCGCUAACAUGUUGUGCUCCGGCUGGCCCAACGGUGGUCGUGACCAGUGCCAGGGAGACUCCGGCGGUCCUCUCUACCACAACGGCAUCGUUGUUGGUGUCUGCUCCUUCGGUAUUGGCUGCGCUCAGGCUCAGUUCCCUGGUGUCAACGCUCGCGUAUCCCGCUACACCUCCUGGAUCUCAUCUAACGCAUAAGAAAAAUAUUUUUUCUUUUGCUCAAAUGUUGGCUAAUGUUUUCAAAUGAAAUAUAUACAGUUUUAUAUAAAAAAAAAACAUAUUUCUUUUAUAUUUGCAACCCAAUUUAAACAAUCGAUUCAAGUAGUUUGUUUCACACUAUUUUCAGGAUCGCGCUGAUAAUAUUAAAACAGAUUGUGUUACGGUUAUCAAAUGCUGUUCAUGUUCAAGCCAUCAAAUACUUUUGUGGUCUGGGCUAAGGUUGAUUAUACAGUACCUCCUUUUGA